GGUAGAAUAAUCAGAGCGGGGCGAGUGCGCUUUCAGUUUGAGGUACAACUAUUAUAAUUUAAGAAGAAAUCAAACACAGCAGUAUCGUAAAAGGAGGCGGAGAACAAACAAACUGCACAUAUAUAUAUAUAUAUAUAUAUCCUAAAAACAACGUAUAGUUGCCAUUCAAUAACAAAACAAAAAAAACUGGGUCCCGACUUGUGACAAGUUGAGAGAGGAAAAAAAAAAAAAAAUCGGUGGUCGUAUUCCAGCAAGCCAAGGAGGGGUCUUUUGUGGACUUUAUUUUUAAAAAAAGAAAAAACGAAUUGACUGAAAAGCUGAGAUGACAGAGACCGCCGCCGCCGCUCCAGCCCCAAAGGCGAAGAAGGCGAGUAAAGUCCCUAAAAAGGCUGCCUCGCACCCCAAGUACUCGGAGAUGAUCGAAGCUGCCAUCCAAGCCGAAAAGAGCCGCUUGGGCUCGUCCAGGCAGGGCAUCCAAAAGUACAUCAAAGGCCACUACAAGGUGGGAGAAAACGCGGACUCCCAGAUCAAGCUUGCCCUGAAGAGGCUGGUGGUCAGCGGGACUCUGCGCAAAACCAAGGGCAUCGGGGCUUCGGGCUCCUUCAAGAUAGCCAAGGCGGAGGACUCGAAGAAACCGGCCAAGCCCAAAGCAGCCGAGAAAGCCAAGAAGCCAGCCAAAGCGGCCAAACCCAAAGCGGCGGUGAAACCCAAGAAAGCCAAGUCGCCAGCCAAAGCCAAGAAGCUCAAAGCGGCAGAGAAGAAGGCGAAGAAGACGCCCGAGAAAAAGAAGCCAGCGGCCAAGCCGAAGAAGCAGGAGAAGGCAAAGAAGCCGAAAGCCAAGGCGGUGAAGCCCAAAGCCAAGAAAGCAAAAGCGGCUAAGCCCAAAGCCAAGCCGGCCCCCAAGAAAACCGGGAAAAAGAAGUAACGCGAAGAAGAAAUGUUAAACGAAAGAAAGAAAACACCUCAUUGUAAAUAGACUUUUACAGGGUUUCGUUUUUGUAUGGUUUCAUGAGGACUUGACUUUCCCCUCUACAAUCUCACACUGAAUACACGUUGCACUAGUAGUAGUUUGAGGGAGGGUGCGUUUACCACACUGCCUGUUCUUUAAUACUAACCCUUUAAAAAAUCACCCCGUGAAAACUGUUAUUGAAAGUACGGUAGUUUACGCUUUGUAUUGCUAUACAAUGUGUGUGUGUGUGUGUUUUAAAUACAUGACUCAUAGUCUCAGCUAAGCUAAUGCUUAAUAUUAUAUUCCGAUCCAGGUGAAUAUUUUGUUUGUCUGUUUUUAAUAUAACUCAAUUUUGUAAAGAACACUUAAUCAUCCAUGCCAUUUAUUGUAAUAAAUUAAAAAAAAUAAUAAUAAAUGAAACGAAUGUCAAUAAUAAAACGUUCUUUAUACUGUAAUUUAAACAGAAUAAAAGAUGUGUGUGAUUUGAAUUUUCAA